UUCGCUUAUGUAAAUGUGUAUGGACAGCGUUAAGACGUAUUUGAUAUUUCUUUUACAUCUGGCAUGACUUUCUAUAUUUGCACAUAUCUUAUUAUUGUCUAUUCCUUUAUUUGGAUGUAAAAUCUCGUGGUGCGUCCAGACACAAGCCGAACCUAAAAUCUCUUGAUUGCGAUGGUAUAUAUAUACUCAACGUCCUGCGUGAGACGUCGGAGGUGCUCUACUUACGGAAGGUAAUUAGCCGGUGCCCAGACCGUCCACCGCGAAUAUUGGACAAGAUGGACGAUGAGGGUCAGAUAGACGAUGAGGGUCAUAUAUCACUGAUAGUGGCGUGUAAGAGCGGGAACGCUGAACAGGUCAAACCUCUACUGGAGGAAGGGGCAUCAGUGCGCACAAAGGACUUCUCCGAGAAGACAGCCCUGCACCACUGUGCAGACAAUCUGGAUACGCAGUGUGCUGGAAUGCUCCUAGAUAAGAACCCCUAUGAGCUCGAGGAACAAGACAUGCAGAGGAGGCUGCUGUUGGACCAAGGCGCCGACCUUAAUGUGACGAACCACGAGGAGCAUCUGCUCACUUACUGGGCGGCUGAAUGCGGUCAGCUCAAGACUCUGGACAUCCUGGAUCAGCGUAGCGCGGACCAGUCCCCAGAGGAAGAAGCUAAAGGGGCUGUUUCAAGUUUAGAACCUGUUAACCAACCUUGCAACCUGCAUGCUAUACCCCCAGUCGUUGGUGUUUUAGACUUCAACAACGAUGUGGACACGAUCUUCAAUGCAGCAAGGGCUCUCGAGUUUGGACACCAUGUAAACGCUAUAGGGAGUCCAAAAAUUAAAACUCCAUCUGGUCAGUUCUGUUUAGUUACCAACGUUAUAAAAUGGAAGCACACUUCAAAAUAUGCCAGCGGUGAGGCAGGCAAAAUACUUUACAUUGUAAGCGAUUCAAUUGUGGUAGCAACACAAACAAAUCCAAUACAAGUCUCCGUUGCAGACUUGCACGGUGCCUCGAUUUCAUCAAACUUAUUCGUUGAGUAUGGGCUUAUCGUCGGGAAUAGACUUGGUAAUGUUUUGAACAUUAAAGUUGACAGAAUGGUUUUGCUAAGGAAGAGAGAAGCAUUCUGGAGAAAGCAAAUGUGUAAAUAUAAGCCAACAGUGUUUUACAGGCAGAAAAUGAACGUGUUUGCUAGCACCAUUGACACUUCACCUCAAGUGUGCAUAAAGAAAAUCACUAUCGACCUUCCGAAGAUUGUAGCAAAAAAUAUCAUUCUGAAAAUUGAUAUUUCAUUCACACAAGCAUGUUUUGUAGCGUUUCUCGCUCGUGUUAAUUGUACUUCGAAGGUUCAUAUUGGUAUGCUUGCAGACAAAAUAGAUAUCCCCACUGAAUGUAGCGGAUUAUACAGUGACAUUACACCAUGUGUGUUUGAAAUAGACAACCAUGCAAAUGUAGCAGACGUUAUUGACACAUGUAUGGAAGACAUUAAACAAAAUAAAGAUGCAGGGACUUAUCUCGUGGACAUGGUGUACAGGUAUCCUGAACUAAAAUGCAUGAAACGCACACCAUACCACAACAUCGUAUUAGCACACACAAAACGAAGGAAUCUUCCACACAAUGAGCUUCAAAGUAUUCUCAAUGAAUGCAACGUGUUGCUUUUCUUUGGGGAAAAUGAUGAGACGCAACUAGAGGUACUCUAUCAAGACAGACCAACCAAAGACUCCAGUCAUGUCAUAGAUGUUUUGCAACAUUUUUCAUCAUUUCUGACUGCUUUGGAAACCUCUACCCAAGAUCCGCUGAAGUGCGUAUCUUUGGUCACAAGGAACGACUUGAACAAGUUCUACCCUUUGCCGACAAGAAGAGAAAUAGAAAAUGAAAUGACAGAGGAUCUUUCGGAACUUAUUGAAAAGCAAUGCAAACUAACGCCUGUAAGUAUUGCAAUAAAGUCCACUGAAAAUAUGAUGACAUACAGCAAACUUGCCAGUGAAACUAACAUUCUGAAACGAAAACUGCUUAAGGCCAUGCACAGUUCAAGCAAAAAAAUGACAAAACCUGUCAUUGCCCUACAUAUGCCCAAUUCAAUAGCCUAUGUAGUAUCCCUUCUAGCCGUGACAAAUGCUCAUCUCACGUUUCUGCCCAUUCCAGUUGAUCUUCCCACGGACAGAAUAGUCUUCACUAUUAAAGACUCUGGUGUUCGUCAGAUGAUAAUGACAAAAGAGUGGUAUGCGCAGUGCUAUUUGAAUGAAUUAGCAUCAAGCAUGCGAGUCCUGUUUGAGCACCAGAUUUUAGAAGACACUCUCGUUAUGGUAGAUUUUGGAGUAGAUAAAAUAACGAAGAACGAAAACAACAACGACGUCCUGUAUCUCAUGUACACAUCCGGUUCAACGGGACGUCCAAAAGGCGUUGAAGUGAAAGAAUCUAGCACUAUCAAUCUUGCGCGCGCCCAGAUUCAAUGCUGGGAUCUCUUGCCAGGCGAUAUCAUCGGGCAGUUUGCAUCUAUUGGGUUUGAUGCUUCUGUUUCAGAAGUGUUCACUGCCUUGUUGUCUGGCGCUUCGUUGGCUGUUUUGGGCAAGAACGAACGUCUUGGAAGCGAUUUUGUGUCUGCGGUGACAAAAAUGAAGGUUUCUGUAAUAACGUUGCCCCCGUCAGCAUUGAACAUAUAUUCACCGGACGAGUUUCCCUUUUUACGCAAGGUUAUUACAGCGGGAGAGGCAUGCACACUAAACGUUGCCUUAAAAUGGACAGCUGAUCGUGAAGUGCGUUUCUUCAAUGCAUAUGGGCCUACAGAGGCCACUAUCUGUGCUACCUGCUAUGAGCAUCUCCCUGAAACGGUUUGCAAUGACGUCAACUGCGAUCUACCGAUCGGAAAAGCUAUUGAUGGGGCACAGGUCUACAUUUUCGAUGAGUUCAUGCAUCCUGUACCUCCCGGUGUUGUUGGAGAGAUAUACAUUGGAGGAAAAGGACUUGCCCAUGGAUAUAUUGGACAUGCCUCUGAUUUAACAAAACAGAGAUUUGUUCAGAACCCCUUGACAGAUAGGAAGUGCCUUCUCUACAAAACAGGAGACCAUGCUUUUCAACACAAAGACGGCAAUCUCACAUACGUCGGACGUACAGACAAUCAGGUCAAAAUUCGAGGAAACAGAAUAGAUCUAAAUGAAAUAGAGCAAGUUCUUAUACAGCACCCGAAGAUAGAAAUGGCUGUUGUAGUUGUCCAUAAAUGUGAAACUAUAAAAGAUUUAGCAGUAGCGGCUUACGUGGCACCAACACUUAUAUGCACAUCGGAGCUGCGUGAAUAUCUAGCGAAUAUACUACCAAAUUUUAUGAUACCAACCUAUAUAAAGAAGAUAGAAGUUUCGGACCUUCCCAAGACUGUGAAUGGAAAAAUAAACAGAAAGGAUCUAGAGCACGACGAAAGCGUUCACGAGAAUACUUUCACUACCGGGAACAGCAAUUUAAAUGAACUUGAGCUGAUAGUCGCAAAACACUGGUGUAAAGUUUUUAACUUUGACAAGUCGACACUGUGCUCAUUUCACAGACAAAGUUCCUUUAGUGAACAAGGGGGCAAUUCCCUGCAACUUGUUUUGCUGGUGCGAGCUCUAGAGGAAGAGCUAAAUGUAUGCAUUUCGUUUACAGACCUGGGUAUGGCAGAUCACAUCGACGAAUUUGCAGAAGUUAUCAAAAGAAGGCUAGCAAAUCAAUCAACGGACGAACAGGAUGAGAUGAAAUCAAAAUCGGAACUUCGUGAGUUAAUCGUACAUGACUCAGAACUAGACAGCUUCUUUCCUUAUCCAGAGAGGCGACGGUCCGUGCAACUAACACCUGACACAGCUCCUCGACAACGACAGGUCGCGGGCAAACAGCCGGAAAACAUACUGCUAUCCGGAGUGACUGGAUUUCUGGGGGUGUUCCUGCUGUCUGAAAUAUUGGAACAAUCUAACUUUCAUGUCUUCUGCAUGGUAAGAGAAUCCACAGAUGCAAGAGGCAUUGGCAGAAUCAUAGACAACAUGCGAAAAUAUGAGCUAUGGAAAGAUGAAUAUACUUCAAGAAUCGCAGUUGUUCUUUCCGAUCUUUCUCAAGAAAGCCUUGGUAUUGCACCAGACGUCUACCGUUCGUUAUGUGCCGACAUCGAUGUUGUUUUCAUGAAUGCCGCUAUGAUGAACUUUAACACACCAUACGAGGGUCACAGGGUUACAAAUGUUCUUAGCACGAAGGAGAUCAUCCGCUUGGCAUCAACUGGCGUACACAAGUACCUUUUUACCACAUCGUCGCUCAGCGUGUUCUUGUUUCCAUCUGACAAAGUCAGAAACGCCUGUUCGAGGCAGUUGUUGAGCGAAUCUGAGUUCUUUGACGAUCCAUUAUGCAUCGAAGGUGGCUACGGUCAAAGCAAAUGGGCAAGUGAGAGGCUAGUUAUGCAAGCGCUAGAUUUUCUUCCUGGUGGUGCCAUAUUUCGACCUGCACGAAUUUCUGGAAGGAGCACAGACGGCAUGGGCCCCAAAAAUGAUACGUUUGCAAGUACGAUGAUCGGCAUGAAUAAGAUGGGCUCUUAUCCCGAUAUGGACUUCCCGUACGACUUGGUUCCGGUUGACUUCUGUGCAAGAUCAAUGAUUGAGAUCACUCUUCAGAUAUGCCAGUGUGAAGAUAUUAGUCCUCCACCUCGCAUGUAUCAUCUCUUCAACCAAGACACGAUUCCUUUCCGUGAACUGUUUAAAGGGAUGGGGCUCAAAGCAUUGCCUCUAGAAGAAUGGCGAAAUGAACUAAGAAGAAUUGACUCCGAAAAUAAGCACCUGGUCACACUAACACCAUUCUUCCUUUCCAAAUACUGGGACCGGGCACCUGAUUGGCCAAUCUUCGAGACAUCGAACGUGGAAAAAGUAAUAUCAGAGAAAGCAAAGAUGUUGGUAAAACCAAUCAAAGAGUUGCUGCCGCUAUACAAACGAUUCUUCGGUCUGGAAUAGGCAAUUGAAAUAGAAUUGUGUUUACAAGUAAUAGUAACUUCAACCACAACCAGAUGAUGAUGAUGAUGAUGAUGAUGAUUGAAACAUUCUUUCUAGCGGUUUUUAACUUUAUAUUCGAACUACAUACAUGAAUUGUUUUGAAAAUGUUGUCCGAAUAGUAUUUUAUAAAUCAAACUGUUUAUAUAUGUAUCAAUAUUCCUCUGGACUUCCUCGUCCACUUAUUUAAACAAUGAUUACUCACAUGUUUGCAUCCCAAAACAAUCAUUUAAUAAAUAAAUCAUCAAAGAUAUUACAAAUAAAUUCUCUC